GACCUUUCUGAGAACUCGUUACGAGGGAACUGCGAAAAGUGCAAAAAAAUCUCUUCCUUUUCAUCUCUGUUUGGUGUGAGUGAAGAUGGCUGCAGUCAAGAGCCUAAAUCCUAAGGCUGAGGUCGCCCGUGCGGCUCAAGCCCUCUCAGUGAACACCUCUGCUGCCAGGGGUCUCCAGGAGGUGAUGAGGUCGAACCUGGGACCAAAAGGAACGAUGAAAAUGCUUGUGUCUGGAGCUGGAGAUAUUAAAAUAACCAAGGAUGGAAACGUUCUUCUGCACGAAAUGCAAAUUCAGCACCCCACUGCAUCGUUGAUUGCCCGUGUUGCCACCGCCCAGGAUGACAUCACAGGUGAUGGAACAACAUCCAAUGUUCUCCUUAUUGGUGAGCUAUUGAAACAGGCUGACAUCUACAUCUCAGAGGGUCUCCACCCACGCCUUGUCACCCACGGCUUUGACUUGGCCAAGACUAAAGCGUUAGAGAUUCUGGAGAAAGUCAAAAUUGAUCGCGAGAUGGACCGUGAAAUCUUGGUCAACGUUGCCUACUCAUCUUUGUGCACGAAACUGCAUGGUCAACUGGCGAAGCACAUGAGUGAGAUUGUCGUUGAUGCUCUGCUGGCAAUUAAGCGUGACGCCAAGCCGCUAGAUCUCUUCAUGGUAGAAAUCAUGGAAAUGAAGCACAAGACCGACACUGACACUGCCCUGGUGAAGGGUCUUGUUCUGGACCAUGGCGCACGCCACCCUAACAUGCCUAAGCAGCUGAAGAAUGCUUUCAUCCUCACAUGCAACGUCUCCCUGGAAUAUGAGAAGACCGAGGUUAACUCGGGUAUUUUCUACAAGACUGCCGAAGAACGCGAGAAGCUUGUGAAGGCUGAGCGUCAGUUUGUCGACAACCGCAUCCAGAAGAUCAUUGAUCUGAAGAGACAGGUCACUGAAGGUAAUGAUAGCACAUUCCUCGUUGUCAACCAGAAGGGUAUUGAUCCAGUGUCAUUGGACAUGCUUGCCAAGGAGGGCAUCAUGGCGCUGCGCCGUGCCAAGCGCAGAAACAUGGAAAGGCUCACACUGGCUAGCGGCGGCACUGCAAUGAACUCCGUUGAUGACCUCACUCCGUCAGUGCUUGGCUGGGCUGGUAAUGUCUACGAGCACGUCUUGGGUGAGGACAAGUUCACAUUUGUUGAGGAUGUGAAAGACCCCGAGUCAGUAACAAUUCUCAUCAAGGGCCCCAACAAGCACACGAUCGUCCAGAUCAAGGAUGCCAUCCAUGAUGGUCUCCGUGCUGUGAAGAAUGCCAUUGAGGACAAGAGCGUGGUUCCUGGAGCUGGUGCUUUUGAGAUCGCUGCACACGCUGAACUCAUGGACUACAUGAAGUCUGUCAAGGGCCGACAAAGACUUGGUGUGAAGGCAUAUGCUGACUCACUUUUGAUCAUCCCCAAAGUACUGGCUCAGAACUCCGGAUAUGACCAACAGGAAAUCAUGGUCAAGCUCCAGGAGGAAUACCAGGAGUCUGGCCGGCCAGUAGGUAUUGACAUUUCCACAGGCGAGGCUUUAGUUCCCGAAGACGCCGGUAUCUUCGACAACACUCGCGUCAAGAAGCAGCUCCUGCACUCUUGCACCACAAUCGCCAGCAACCUGCUUCUCGUCGACGAGAUCGUUCGUGCCGGUAUGGCUUCUCUCAAACCCGGUCAACAAUAGUUCAACUCACACAUCUUUUAGUUUUUUACAACCUUGAUGAAAUGCCCAUAUGAAAAUUAACACCAGUUUCCAUGAAAUAUAUCAUCUCAUCAUGAAGACAA